UUACCUGUCUGAGGAAGAUGUCUUGGAUCAAGCAAACCCUUUUGUGCAGCUUGUGAGUGGGGUAGUUUGGCUCCUAAGAAAUGGAGAAGUGUACGUCAAUCAGAGUCAAAUGGCUGAGUGUGGUGAAAUUCAAACCACAGGAACCUUCGACAAGUUCAUCAAUGUAAUAUCAGCCAGGACCGCAGUUGGGCAUGACAAUCAGGGGCAGCUGGUCUUGGUUCACGUGGAUGGACAGACGGAAUCCAGAGGGGUGAACCUCUGGGAAAUGGCUGAAUUCCUGAAGCAGCAGGGAAUCAUCAACGCUAUCAACCUGGACGGUGGAGGGUCUGCAACGCUGGUUUUAAAUGGGACCCUCGCGAACUACCCGUCUGAGCACUGCUCCUUUGACAACAUGUGGCGUUGCCCUCGGAGCAUCUCGACCGUCAUGUGUAUCCACGAGCCUGCCUGCGAGCCUGCAGACUGCAGCGGUCAUGGGGACUGCGUGGGAGGGGAGUGCCACUGCGCGGGAGGCUUCUGGAGAGGCUCAGCCUGUGAUAUCUUGGACUGUGGCCCUUCCAACUGCAGCCUGCAUGGCAUCUGCACUGACUCUGGGUGCCUGUGUGAUGCUGGCUGGACUGGCAGCAACUGCACUGAAGCUUGUGCUAGUGGUUUCUACGGAGACGCUUGCACCCAGAAAUGCCAGUGCCAGAAUGGUGGCUUGUGUGACCCCGUGCACGGAUCCUGCUCCUGCCCCGCUGGGUACUAUGGCACCAGCUGUGAGCAAGAGUGUCCCAUGGGCUGGUACGGGCCAAACUGCCGGCAACAGUGUGCGUGUGAACACGCGUGUCCCUGCGACCGGGAGACAGGCAGCUGCAACGUCACCUACGACUUGGCAAUACAGGAACAGUUAAACAAAGCUGGGCAGUGUUUGGCUUCACAGAACAAGAGAGGGAGCAAAGAAAAGUUGUCUCUGUCAGAGUCUGACAGGACAAACUGGAUCUCUGUGACCUCUGCCUUGGCUCUGCUGCUGGUGAUCAGCGCCAUGGGAAACGUGGGCCUCCUGCUCAAAGCCAGCUCCAAGAGGCGAGGUGAGAGCUGCGACUACGUCUACAGCCCCCUGAGGGAGCUGAAUGGGGAGGCCAGCCAUCCCUCCACAUCUGCCUGUGAGGCAGAGGACACGCAGGACCAAAGCCAGGCCCUUCUUCAGAGCGUGGGGUGA